GCUGCAUGAAGGCCCAUCUGGGCAAGCCUCCUCCGCAACACUACAGCCGCCUUCUCUGGGCCCCACAGCAGGCCUGCCCACUUCACUUUCAGGUUUUGCUUCACUUUCAGGUUUCAGUGUCUUCCUGUGCCUGUCUGCGUCCCCAUCCUUCCAGGUUUCCAUCUUCCUGUUUCCCCUCCUGGGCUGGUGGCAGUAGGGGGCUGCGCCCAGUGGGCCCUGUGGAGAUGCUCAGUGCUUGGGAUCGCCGGGACCGGCCCCGUGAAGAGGUGGCAGCUGCAGGGCUCCAGGGCUUCGCCGUGGACAAGACCUUCCUGUCCUCCCUCAAAGGCAUCCUGCUGGAAACUGAGCUGGUCCUGACCUUCAUCAUCUUCAUCUGCUUCACGGCCUCCAUCUCCGCCUACAUGGCUGCCGCGCUGCUGGAGUUCUUCAUCACGCUCGCCUUCCUCUUCCUCUAUGCCACCCAGUACUACCAGCGCUUUGACCGGCUGAACUGGCCCUGUCUGGACUUCCUCCGCUGUGUCAGCGCCAUCAUCAUCUUCUUGGUGGUUUCCUUUGCGGCUGUGACCUCCCGGGAAGGAGCUGCCAUUGCUGCUUUCGUGUUUGGCAUCAUCUUGGUUUCUGUCUUUGCCUAUGAUGCCUUUAAGAUCUACCAGACUGAGAUGGCACCCAGGGCCACCCAAGGGGACCAGCAGUGACCCUGGGCUACCUGGCUCCCAGGUCCAGCCAGAAAAGGGGGACAGCACAGCCCAGAGACAUCUCCUUUGGAUUCACUCACUUUGUAGCCUACGAUCCCCUACCCCAGGCCUACAGAAAUGGAGCCAGGCCUGAGAAGUCACCGGGGACUUGUCUGUGGGACCUGGUGCUCUGAGAUCUGGCUCCUGAUGAGGCUUAGCUGGGGAGGGGGUUUUAGGGACAAAGGGGAAGGUGCAGGAGGAAGCAAAUCGUUCCCAAAUUAAAAGCUUCGGAUCCUA